CGUGCGCCGCGCCCCCUGUCAGAGGCAGCCAUUGUUCAGCGGGUCGCGCCGGCUGUACAGCAGCCGGGCAGGUCCUUCUCCUCCUCUCCAAGUCCCUGCCGCUCCUUAAAGCUCGGAGAGGAGGGCCAGUCCCUGGGUCUGUGCACUCUGAGGUUCUCAGGUGAAAGCCACCAUGAGCAAACGGAAAGCACCACAGGAGACUCUCAACGGGGGAAUCACCGACAUGCUCACAGAACUCGCAAACUUUGAGAAGAACGUGAACCAGGCGAUCCACAAAUACAAUGCUUACAGAAAAGCAGCAUCUGUGAUAGCAAAGUACCCACAGAAAAUCAAGAGUGGAGCAGAAGCUAAGAAAUUGCCCGGAGUAGGAACAAAAAUUGCUGAAAAGAUUGAUGAGUUUUUGGCAACUGGAAAAUUGCGUAAACUGGAAAAGAUUCGGCAGGAUGAUACAAGCUCAUCCAUCAAUUUCCUGACCCGCGUUACUGGCAUUGGUCCAUCUGCUGCAAGGAAGUUUGUAGAUGAAGGAAUUAAAACAUUAGAAGAUCUCAGAAAAAAUGAAGAUAAAUUGAACCAUCAUCAGCGAAUUGGACUGAAAUAUUUUGAGGACUUUGAAAAAAGAAUUCCUCGUGAAGAGAUGUUACAAAUGCAAGAAAUUGUACUAAAUGAAGUUAAAAAAGUGGAUUCUGAAUACAUUGCUACAGUCUGUGGCAGUUUUAGGAGAGGUGCCGAGUCCAGUGGUGACAUGGAUGUUCUUCUGACCCACCCAAGUUUUACCUCUGAAUCAAAUAAACAGCCAAAGUUGUUACAUCGUGUUGUGGAGCAGUUACAAAAGGUCUAUUUUAUUACAGAUACUCUGUCUAAAGGUGAAACAAAAUUCAUGGGUGUUUGCCAGCUUCCCAGUAAAAAUGAUGGAAAGGAAUAUCCACACAGAAGAAUUGAUAUCAGGUUGAUACCCAAGGAUCAAUAUUACUGUGGUGUUCUGUAUUUCACUGGGAGCGAUAUUUUCAAUAAGAACAUGAGAGCUCAUGCCCUAGAAAAGGGCUUCACCAUCAACGAGUACUCGAUCCGUCCUUUAGGAGUCACCGGAGUUGCUGGAGAGCCCCUGCCGGUGGAUAGUGAGAAAGAUAUCUUUGACUACAUCCAGUGGAAGUACCGAGAACCCAAGGACCGGAGUGAAUGAGGCCUGUCCUCCCUCCCAGGCACAGCCCCACAGGAGUCUUAAUUUAUUUCUUACCCUUUGUGCGAUGUGAGGGUCUUUGGUGUUUUUAAAUGAUUGUUUCUUCUUCAUGCUUGAGCCUGCACCGUACUCAAUAAAACCUCCUGUACCAUUAUCA